UCAGAGAGCUGAGCGGACUCAUGGCAGGGCUUUUAGACACCACUCAGGAUAUACUGAACAACACUGAGUUGUAAUCUCACGGGUAGCUACCUCACCUUUAAACCUCGAAUCGUCUUGAUGGCCUCUGAUCUCCAGUCGUUUUCAUCCUGUUUCAGAAAUGCUGCCUGACACUUUCUCUCCACAUCUGAGCUUUAGUGUGGAGCUGUUGUCCACAUGUGGAUUGUUGUCCCGUGGAACAGAAGAGCUGCGUGUGACCUCACGGACGGUGAUGUAAUUACUGACAUUAGUUUGGAUACAGUGGAUUUCCUGGAUCAUACCCAAGCAAGUGAAGACGGACACGUUGGAGAGAGACGCAGAGCGUGGGCAGGGAGACUCCAGACGAUGCUGCAGUGUGCCAGCUGCGAGAAACCUAUUCUGGAUAGGUUCUUGCUCAAAGUUCUGGACAGACCGUGGCACAUCAAAUGUGUCCAGUGCUGCGAGUGCAAAUGCAGUUUGACAGAGAAGUGUUUUUCACGGGAGGGGAGGCUCUAUUGUAAGAAUGACUUCUUUAGGAGAUUUGGGACCAAGUGUGGCGGCUGCGCUGAGGGGAUUUUACCCAGUGAUCUGGUCCGCAGAGCCAAGAGUAAAGUGUUUCACCUGAACUGUUUCACCUGUGUGAUGUGUAACAAGCAGCUGUCCACGGGAGAGGAGCUGUACAUCCUGGACGAGUUCAAGUUUGUCUGUAAAGAUGAUUAUCAGAACAACAACGGCAAAGACACGAUCCUCCUCUCGGUCACGACGUGCAGCGACCCAAGUCUGUCCCCGGACUCCCAGGACCCGCAGGACGACGGGAAGGACUCGGAGACGGGACAUUUAUCUGAUAAAGACGUUUGCAACAACGAGAAUGAGGAGCAGGGCGCCGUCGGGAAGCGGCGCGGGCCUCGGACCACGAUAAAGGCCAAGCAGCUGGAGACCCUGAAAGCGGCUUUCGCAGCCACACCGAAACCCACCAGACACAUCAGGGAGCAGCUGUCGCGGGAAACCGGCCUCAACAUGAGAGUCAUCCAGGUGUGGUUCCAGAACCGCAGGUCUAAAGAGAGACGCAUGAAGCAGCUGAGCGCGCUGAGCGCGCGAAGACACGUGUUCUUCCGCAGCCCGAGGAGGAUGAGGGCGCUGGGGGAGAGGCUGGAACCAGGAGAGCUCGGACACUUCUCUUACUAUGGAGAUUAUCCUGGUGAAUACUACAGCUCAGGAGGGAAUUACGAGUAUUUCCAAGGCCCACCAUCGUCCCAGGCCCAGACUCCAGCAGACCUGGGCUUUGUGCCCUCCUCUGUCCCUGCUGGCACCCCAUUAGGAGCCAUAGACCCCCACCACCCGGGCCACCACUGUCCUGGAGACGUGCAGUGCUUCUCUGACACAGUGUCUCAUCAUCCCGUGGACUCGCCCAGUCCUGAGCCCAGUGGACCGGGCUCAAUGCACAGCAUCUCCAGUGAGCUGUGUGGCCCCAGCACACCCUACACCACUGUGUCCCUCAGUGACAAUGGAUACACCAACCAGCUGUCACAGCCGUCCUCCGAACUGAGCGAAGGCACGGUCUGGUAAUCCAGCUGAAACUGAACCACAAGGCACACUGGGAUUUUGAAGGCAAAUCAGUGCUUGUUAUUUGUUUUUAAAUGGACAUUUAUUUAUUUAUUUAUUUAUUUAUUAACUAAUUUAUUUAUCUAUCUAUCUAUUUAUUUAUUUGCUUGCAUUUCUGUUAAGCUCUAUUUAACGAUUUAUAAAUCUCUAUAUUUGUAUGUCAGUAUAAUUGUUUAUUGAUUAGCUAAUCAAUAGAUUGUGUUAAAAAGAAAUCCGUGUGAAUUUGACUCAUUAAUAGAUUGAUACUGCUGGACCACACUGAUCAAGCAAUAAACAAACACAUUUAUAGGCUGCAGAAAGUGUUUUUUUCUGCAACAUUCAGUAUUUGACAUGAAAUUUUAAUGUGAAGAUGUUUGACGGCAUUUUCAUCACAUUUCAGUGUUUUACACACACACACACACACACACACACACACACACACACACACACACACACACACACACACACACACACACACAAACAGCCCCUCCCUCCACCUAUGAGUUCACAUGUAAUAAAAGAUUUUAUCAGUCGAUAACAGGUUAUGAUUGUGAUGUUUAAGACGUUUGACCAAAAACCUCUCAGGACCGUGGAAGCAUCGUUUUGGUCUGUUUUUAUUUGCCAGUCCUUUAAUUAUUUGAUUGUCAACACGUGUUUGCCUUCAAAAGGAUAUCUUUAUAAAUCUGAAAAUUUUAUAUGUAACAGAAAAUGAUUUGACUUUAACAUGACACGAGUCCAACCUUAUAUAGAGAAUAAUGGACACUUGUACAGAACAGUCAGUUGUUUACUCAAAGCUCCAGUAUUCAGGGCUUCAAAUGUCAGCUGUAUAAAACCUCUUGGUUCACAUUUAAUGCAAACAGACCAAACUUUUAUAGCUGUUUUCUUUAUGUGGCUCACUGUGCUCGUUUGUAUCAUGUCCUCAUUAAAAAAGAAAAAAAAUACCAAUAAACUGUUGCCAAAUGAAAAGCACAGCAUGAAUGCUGCACCUUUAGUUGUGAGAAGCAUCUGUUUCUUAAGUGUUCACUUCUUAAUUCUCUGAGGAUGUUUCUGAGGUCAGUUCUCCAAACACCCAAGACUGAAAGAGUUUGUUUUUCUUUAUUCUUUAUGUAUCAAAAUGUCAAAUGAUUUGACACUGAUGGGCUCACAUGCUGUCAGCAGCAGCAGCAGCAGCAGCAUGUUUUCCCCGAGAUAAUACAAGACCGUUUCAGUUUAUGUUUAGACCAUUCACUGUAUAAUAAAACACAUAUUCAACAUUGUUAUUUGUUAAUGGUUUUGGGAUGUGUAUAUAUCCUGUAAAUGUAUAUGGACAGUGAUUUAUGAAAGCAUCCUCUGACAGAGUUCAAUGAUAAUGUGAGGAUCUCCUGCAGGACACAUGUAUGUAUUUGCAGAGCUGCUCUCUGUUCAACAGGGUUGAAGGUUUCAUAAACACUUUGAUCUCAAAGCUGAAAAAAACAGUGUCAGCAACUUCAAAUGGCAAAACUCAGAAAUAUACAGAGACAUGUUUAUAAUUAAACACACCUACAUAACUGCAUCACAAUGAUUGUGAACAACGACCGCCAUGUACGAUGAUUUGAGAUUAUUUUCUCUGCUGUAGAUUAUUAUUAUAGAUUAUUAAAACACACCAAUAGAUAUCUGCUUCACUUUCAUCAGCUGUGAGCUGCAGCAGCUUGUCAGUGGUUGAAGUUCAUCUUCCUUCAUUCAUGGAGUUUCACAGAAAACAUUUGAUCAUUUAUCAUUUUUAUCAUUAUCCCUGUAUUUGUGUGUCCAUGAGAACAUGCUGUCUGACACACACACACACACACACACACACACACACACACACACACACUGAAACAAUUAACAGUUAAUUGAUUACUUGA